AUGGCUAGCAAUGAACCCCAGUGUGUGGCUUCCACUCCUCCAAGUCAGAAUCACUUCAAAAGUGUCGAAUGGUCUCCAGACGGUACGACGCUUCUGACGGAUUCGGCUGAUCAUCACAUUCGAACAUUCAUUCUGCCCCCGGACUUGCUCGAAUCUUCCUCGCCUCAUGAGCUUUCACCCUAUUCAACACUUCCAUCAACUGAACCAACAUAUGCCACGGCGAUCUAUCCGCAUUUCAACCUGCAGGAUCCAUCCACCACCCUGCUGCUGUCUUCUGUUCGCGAUCAUCCCAUUCGGUUGUCGUCUGCUCUCGCUCCAUCGCUGGUGGCAAGCUAUUCACUGAUCAACCCAACCACAGAAGCCUUCAUCACCCCCCACUCCAUCAUCUACCCCAAGACACUUGGCGGAACCCACUUCCUCACAGGCUCAGAUUCUCUCAUCUGCCUCUUUGAUGUCUCGCGAACUGGUAGUAGUGGGCCUGUAUCCUGGAUGCCUACGAUUCCGAGUAAAAGGAAGCAGAUGGUCGGCGGGGGCGUCGGUAUGAAAGGUAUCGUGUCGGCGAUGGCCAGUAAUCCACUCGGUGAUGGGAUCCUAGCUGCUGGGACAUUUACGCGGCAUGUGGGCUUGUAUAGCUCGAACGGCGCCGGAGAGAGUCUGGGUACGUUCAACGUCGCAAAGACCGAGGCAAAUCGGGAUAUCGGCGGCAGGGGAGUCACGCAGUUGUUAUGGAGCCCGUGUGGAAGGUAUCUUUACAUCGCGGAGCGCAAGAGUGAUGGUGUUCUUGUGUAUGAUAUCCGAGUGACGGGGCAGAUGCUGGGAUAUCUCCGCGGUCGAAAGGCGUUCACAAACCAACGCAUGAAGAUUGAUCUUGUUCCGUCCGGCGAAGAUGGCUCCCAUGAGAUCUGGGCGGGAGGUACCGAUGGCUUCAUGAGGGUUUGGAAGGAUCCCACGUAUUCUGUUGGUCGUCAAGACCCCGAUGCGGAGUUUCGGAUACAUGAUGAUGCUGUGACAAGCGCUGUAUUCCACCCGAUGGGGACGGUGAUGGCCAGCUGCUCUGGUCAGCGCCGUCAACAAACACCUGAUGAUUCAGAUGACGACAACUCACCGAAGAGUGAAAAUAGUGAAAACUGGGGGGAAAACAUCCUCAAGGUCUGGUCGAUGCCAUUUUUAGCAGAGAACUCCGAAGAAACCUCAACACCGAGAGAAGACUCGUGA